CACGCUUGGGCUAAUUGAAGGGCGUGGCCGUGAACAAAAUGGCGGCUAACGAACCUUUUCAAAAGAGCUUCAGAUUUUUCUGCUAUACCUGUGAUAACCAGUUUCUGUCCGAUACUGCCAAGUGUCCACAAUGCGAGGAAGAGUUUGUAGAGCAACUUGAAGAAGUCAUAGAAGAAGAAGAUGAAAGACCUCCCUCUCCUCCCCCUUCUCCUCCUCACCGGGGACUUGUCCGACCUCGUAAUACACAACAAUCACCACACAGGCAUAGACACAGAAAUCGUUCACCUCCUAUGGAGCAAAGACCAAGACAAAGGGACCAAUUAGGAGAAAUGUUAGGGCAGUAUUUAGUACAACUUAUAGCAGCGAGAGAACAAUUGGAGGAUUCUGAAAAUUAUACUUUACCCGUGAUACCUCCCCCGCCACAAUUCCUUGAGUUGAUGUUUAGAAGCAGACGCUCUGAGCCAUCAGCACCAAGGACUGGCGUGGCUGGCCCAGGUGCUCUAGAACUAGUCAUUACUGGACUGCUGGAACAAUUAAGUAAUUCUGGUGGGCCCCCUCCAGCGGACGAAACAAAAAUAAUGCAAUUACCAACCUCAAAUAUCACUCAGGAACAAGUUAAUGGAGAGUCAGAAUGCUCCAUAUGUAAAGAAACAUUUGUCCUUAACGAUGAAUAUAAGGAACUUCCUUGCACGCAUAUAUUUCACAGUCACUGUAUUGUGGCCUGGUUAAAACUGCGUGGUACGUGUCCUACUUGUAGGUAUAACUUAAAUAAAGGUCAACGUGACAGCUAGUGUUUUUAUUUUAAUCAUACCUUACUAGAAUGAACUUAUUAUCGAUAUUUCAUUAUUUUAAAUUAAAAUAACAUACAAUAAUUAUUAUCAUAAUAAUGUGCCAAUUAUAUAUUUUAUUUUAUUGUGAAGAACACGUGAAGAGGAGGUGCAUGUAAGGGGCCUGGUAAUAUUCAUCGAUAAAAUGAAGUGUUUAACCUUUAUAUGAUACAGAAAAUUUUAUUAUUAUUAAUUAUUGUCAGUGAAAAUAAUCAUAAUAAACUUUUAAUAAUAAUAAUAAUAAUAAUAAUAAUGAAUAUAUUUUUUACCAGCUUUUGGAAAAAGUGGAGGGAGAGAGAGAGAGAGGGGGAGUAAGAUGUACAGAAGAAAGUGAAUUUAAA